AUGGACAGAAAGAUAUUUGAGCGACCGUGGAAGUUUCGUCGUGGGCGGCGGGAAGCACGAAGACAGCUGCGGCUAUGUAUUUUUUGCUUAGCAUUCUUCAUUCUGCUUGUGCUUGGCGCUGUCGGGUAUCAUGUUACCUUGGAACCGGAAGCGUUCAACGUCCCUCCAGGGUCGGUGGCUGUAUUUUCCUCGGAGAAUCUCCCGGCCGCACGCAUACCAGUGGACAUUGCCACCAUUUUUGUCUCUAUUGCUGCUUUUCGUGACAAGGAGUGUAUUACAACGCUGGAGAGUCUUUUUAAGCGCGCAAAGUAUCCUCUGAGAGUGUUCUUGGGCAUCAGUGAGGAGCGCUUUGAGACGGAUGUCAGCUGCAUUAAUUCACCAGAAGUGCUUAAUAGUAUUGGCGUGCGUCGUUCACGCACGAUGCGCUGGAAAGAUUUGAUUCCUUUUGCUUACGAUGAAGGCUCCCUGCAGAAGCACCCCAAUCGCACGCCUGUGCUACAUGAGAGACGCGAUGAGGACAUCAUCACGUGUCUGCUUAGCGCGGAUGCAUCUGACGCACCUACCUCCUCUGGUGAGUCCAUGUUGAGCGGCUGCCAGGUCAUCACACGUCUUGGACACCCCGACGAUGCACGUGGCCCAACGUACGGUCGCUACAUAACAAGUCUUUUCUACAAUAAUCAGGAUUACUACAUGGUGAUUGACAGCCAUUCAAGAUUUGUUCCGAGCUGGGAUGUAAAGAUGAUUGAGCGUGCUCGGCUGAUGCCCACUCGCGGGGUGCUGUCUCACUACCCGAACGGGUACACCCCAGAGGCUCCCGAUGCUGAGAUUAACAAGUCGGAUGUUAUGUGCAUGUGCAAGGGGGUUAUUUUGCCCGACAACAUCCCCAAAUUGGGCGCGCGAUGGAUCGCAAUUAGGGGUCACCCUGUGCUUCAAGGCUUUGUGGCUGCUGGGUACAUUUUUGGGGACGCACAGUAUGUGCGGGACGUGCCCUUUGAUCCGUACCUUCCAUUUUUGUUCGACGGCGAGGAGAUUCUCUACACCGUGCGGCUGUGGACACACGGCUGGGACAGCUACUCCCCCGCCACGGCUUUGGUGUACCAUAACUACAUGCGAGUCCACGCCCCAAGGUUCUUCUCUGUCAUUACGCGGCCUGGUGCGAAGGAGCACCGGGAAUUGGAGCAUCAAACCUCUAUACAGCGCGUGCUAUAUUUCCUGAAGCGGCGUGUGCUGAACACCACUCAACUUAUUGUGACCGACGAUGAGGCGCAUCGACGUAACCCGGCGAUUGUGCGUGAAGAGGCUCGUUUUGGAAUGGGGAAACUGCGAUCGCUCGCAGACUACUGGGAGUUUGUGGAGCUUAGCGACGCGUUCCUGAAGGAGAAGGAUGAUGAGGGUCGCUGGAAGGGCGGUGAAGGGCUCUGCGAGAAGGCAUACAUUUCAUAA